AUGUAUGGAGCGUUAAAAAUAUCGAACGGCAAACGUUACAAUGUAGCAAUACUUGUGGACGGUGGAACGCACGGCCGGGAGUGGACCAGUGUGAUUUCGGCACUAUACUUCAUCGACAACUUGGUGAAGAAUUACGAUAAACAGCCUGAGUAUAUGAAGAAAAGAGACUGGCACGUAAUACCAGUGUUGAAUCCAGAUGGCUAUGAUUACAGUCUAACUGUAGACCGCUUGUGGAGGAAAAAUAGACGGAGGCUGAGCGGCGCAUGUCAGGGAGUUGAUCUUAACAGGAAUUUUGCGUAA